GCCGAUCCGCACCCAAACCCUAACCUUGUAAAACCCCUCCUCUCCGAUGGCCGCCGCCUCGCCGCCGCCCUCCCCGCCCCAUCCGAAGCGGCCCAAGAUGUCCUCCUCCUCCGACCCCGAGCCGGAGCCCGCCUCGCUCUCCGCCGCCGGCGCGGAUCCCGGGCAGGCUCGCCGCCGCUACAAGCGCCGCAAGGUGGCCAUCCUCCUGGCCUACCUCGGCGCGGGAUACCAGGGUAUGCAGAAGAAUCCGGGCGCCCGCACCAUCGAGGGCGAUCUCGAGGAGGCGCUCUACCAGGCGGGCGCCGUCCCCGAAGCCGAGCGUGCCGCGCCCGCCCGGUACGAGUGGGCACGCGCCGCGCGCACCGACAAGGGCGUGAGCGCCGCGGCGCAAGUUGUCUCCGGCCGCUUCUACGUCGACCCGCCGGGAUUCAUCGAGCGCCUAAAUGCCAAGCUCGCGCCACAGAUCCGGGCCUUUGGCUAUGUGCGCGUCACCAACUCGUUCAGCGCCAAGAAGUUCUGCGACCGCCGGAGGUAUGUGUAUCUGCUCCCCGUCUUGGCGCUCGACCCCAGCGCCCACCCCGACCGCGAGGCUGUCAAGGCCAGCGCGGGGAGUGGCAACGAACUUGCCAAGUGCUUGGAGUGCUCGGAGAGAGGCAGGAAGGUGCCAGAUAUUAUGGGCCGGGAGGGGAAGUUGCCCAACAAUGAGGAGGAGAAGGUUCUUGAUACUUCGGGAGGGGAAACUGUGCCAGCUCAUGGCGAAGUAGGAUCAAACGGGAAUGCAAAUUCUGUUUCAGCUAGCUCUGGUAAUGGAACAGCAGCUCUGAAUGCUGAACCGGGAUCAAAUGAUGCAGAAAAGUGUGAUAUUGAACAAGAUAUAGCUAAGAAGGAGCAUAAUUCUGAGCCUGUGGUCAGUGAGGAGGAGAAUGUGCAAGCUAUGGAUAUUCAGAAGGGAAAUGGAGAAGAAAGUCCCCAAAGCACAUUUGCUUACACUAAUGAAGUGAAAGAGAAGUUUAGUAGGAUCCUCAAGCAUUAUGUUGGAACCCGCAAUUUCCACAACUUCACUACAAGAACUAAGGCUGAGGAUCCUGCAGCCAAGAGGUUCAUCAUUUCAUUCACUGCUGAUCGUGUUGUUAGCCUUGAUGGGAUUGAUUUUGUCAGAUGCGAGGUUGUCGGGCAGAGUUUCAUGCUUCAUCAAAUCCGGAAGAUGGUAGGCCUUGCUGUAGCAGUGAUGAGGAACUGUGCACCUGAGUCAAUAUAUGAUGUAGCAUUCCGCAAGGAUAUCAGACUUAAUGUGCCCACUGCACCUGAGGUUGGACUGCACCUAGAUGAAUGUAUGUUCACCUCAUAUAACAUGAAAUGGAAGGAUACACAUGAGGCAGUUUCAAUUGAACCCUAUGCUGAGGAUGCUGAAGAUUUCAAGAUCAAGUACAUAUUCCCUCAUAUUGCUGCAAUGGAACACAAGGAGGGAGCUGUAGCUCUCUGGUUGCACUCAUUGAACAGCAGGAACUAUCCAGAUUUCCGCUACAUGGAGACCACUGGAUCUGAGGCUAGGGUUGGGGCUGGAGUUGGGAAUACAGAAGAAGCACUAGUUCCAGCUGUGGCUGGAAUUGAUAACAUGGAUAAAGCACAAGAUCCAGUUGUGGCUGGAGUUGAGAAUAUUGAAGAAGCUCAAGAUCCAGUUGUGGCUGGAGUUGAGAAGGUGGAAGAAGCACCAGUGCCAAUUGAUAAUUAGAAUGCAGGUAAGAGCACACGGAAGAAUCCUGGAUGGCCCAUUGCCAAUACGUUCCACCAUUCUGCUUCUCGAUGAACACAAUUGAGUUCAGAUGUUAGUAGUUACUCCAAACUUACCAUGGAUGUUCAUGCUAAUAUUUUUAUAUUUUCUGGCUUGUUUGUCUGCAGUCCAUUUUGAAAAAGCAAUUCCCCAGUCUUUUAUUGUUGAAGGAGCCUUGCUCUUGUUUUGGAAGAGCAAUCCUCCAGUUCUUUUAUUUGCGAAGGAGCUUACUCUUGUUCUGUGCAGUAAACAUGAUAUCUGCAAUCCUUGCUCCAUUAACGUCAGUGGUUCUAUGCUUCCUGUCUGGAUAUAAAUGAUGCCGUGGUU